UUGAAGGUUAUAUGCGAUAUUAAGUCUUGCUACAGUGGCUGGGCGGAGGGUGGCUCGGCUCCACACUCGCCUUCAGCAUCACGACUUGGCAGUCGCAAGUCAUCAUUGACAUCCAUAUCAUCUCUUAGCAGCCAAUGUUCCGAUCAGCAUGGUGAGUAUUACAAGCACAUACACCACACAGCACACAGCACACAGCACACAGCACACAGCACACAGCACACAGCACACAGCACACAGCACACAGCACACAGCACACAGCACACAGCACACAGCACACAGCAAAAAUCGCGGUUGAAAAUCGCGGAUGAAAAUCGCGGUUGA